CAUGGUGAUUCCCCCGCCAUUGCAGGAAAAGAUAAACAAUCGUGACACGUUUUGUGUUCCUUUCAAUUUUAUUUCCCCUUUUAUCGGCAAGGAAUCGCUCCGAUUUGGUAUCUGACAAUAUGGCAACUGACAUUGAACGUUUAUACAAGCACACUGCUGCAGGUGAACUAGGAUGUCACAGGGAAACGAUGUUAAACAACCAACUUCUGUUGAGGCCACAGUUGGGCCGUCCACUGAGAAGAGGCUAUAAUGUUCCUAUAGAUGGUUUCACUUAUGGUCGACCGAACAGAGGAAUAGAUGGUGGUACAGCAGAAGCCAUGACGGGAUGGACUGGCCAAGAAGAUGAUACUGGGACAGUUUUGCCCCUGAGGAGGAAAAGUGGCUCAAAAACACAAAGAAGAGACUUUAAAGGACUGAAUCGAGCGGCCGUUCAGGGCGGCCUUGUUAAUGCUAGGGAACAAUAUGAUUUCAGAGCUACACAUGAUGUGCGAAAGAAACUUUCUGAUGAAGAUAAAAAUAAAAAUCGUACAAGGCGCAUUCCGCCAACCAUGGUGUUUGGUAUCUCAACUAGGCCCUCUACUCCAGUAUUUGAUCUUUUAGAACACAAAUAUCAGGAUCGCUGGCUAGAAGAGAGACGACAGGCCGAAUUAGCAAAAUCUGAAAAAGAACUAUCUAAGAAAAACACUUCCGGCAAAGUUUACGAGACGCGAGCAUCAUUGCUGAGGACUUACCAGAAUCCAGUUGAACCAGCCCCACUCUGGCAGAUGUCUAGGUUUACAAGAUCGGCUAAACCAGCAUUGGCAACCUUCCGAAGUGGACCAGCAGGCAGUGCUGCAUUCCAGCAUCACGAGUCCGACUGCAUAUCACGAAAAGGUGUACAAGGGCAUGGCAUCUACGAAUCAGCCAAGAACUAAACAGCCUGUAGCCAGCUGUCCACCUAUUCUUUCAAAAUGAACAUUUCCACAAAAGUGAUCACAUUAAGUCUCUUGUUAACACCUCCGUGAUCUCCUGAAGAGCUUGAAUUAAUCAUGUUUAUGUAGUAUAAUACGAAGUUAAAGCGAAGUUUAUCUUUUGUAUGGGUUGAUUGCAAAGCACUUUCCACCAAAAUUAUGUCCAAAAUCCUGUGUCGUGAUUGAUAUAGAUAUGUUGCAGUCCCCAGUCAAGUUGAGGUGAUAUGCACCGUUGCAAGUCCUUUAUUUUCCACGUGGGACAGUUACUUUGGAUUUGUUGUUGCAGACCACCGACUUGUGGGCAAUUUACAGGUAUAUUACAACACUGAAUAGGUGGUAACACCACAGGAACGGAAUCAUUACGCGCCCAUUCUUGGUGGACGCAAAUAGCAUCAAGGCGAUACACAAAAUGAAAGGGGUGAUUUGCGUUAUGAAUUGGGAUCCUACCGCCUUUGUUAACUAGACCAACCCUUGUAGAAAAUUUAAUUAUUUAUGAAAACAUUUUGACAAAACUUUGCGCAAAUUCCGUACAUCGCUCGCAAACUUGGUAUUGUUCUGUUUGUUUUGACAGCCUCACUUCUUGGCAGUAAAAAUUUCGCUUACGAAUCAAAAACGAUGGCAAAUUCACCAAUUUACCCAGAGUCGUCCUGUAUCGUAAGGGAGUCGUGGCCCCAAAUUGACCAUUGGCUUCGUUUAAAACCCAGGUGGCCAGCACAACCCCAGUGUUGAUCUACUGCCCGCUAUUCAACCGAUAAUUUAAAAAUCAUCUACCCAUAACUAUCAUAAACAUAACUUUAAUUGUCUCCCGUGGUCGGUUCAUGAUAAUGUUUACUCUAAUAAUAAGACUGUUCCUUUCAAUUUCAGGAACAGAAGGUUUCUAAAUAGAUAAAGCCUCCAUGGAAUGCCUCAUUGACAUUCUUUUGGCCCUUGUUUCUGAAGAACUGUUGAUUGUCAUUAGAACAUUAAUUUUUGUUUGGUCAUCUGUUACAAAAACUUUCAGCGGGCAGUUCAAAUUUUUUUCUAUAAAUUAACUUCAGUGAAUGGUCCUUCUAUUCUAUUCUGAAUUUCAGAAUUUGAGGAGUUAUCAAAAGAAGUAGAACCUUUUUGCCAAUGCCAUCAGAAGAUAUCCCUUUUAGCUUUUAAUUUUCUAACUAAUUGAUUUUUCACCUAAGUCAGUCUGUUAGUGUUAGUUCUCAAAUACAGUGGUACUAUUCCAGAUGUCGGAAGCGAUUUCCUGACUCUUUUCCUUCCAUACUUUGUUUAGAGUCAAUCUGUGACAUUUAUUGUGUCUGGACCCUGUUGUGAGAAACAAGGGAUCUGUCACCAGCUCCUGGGGUAUUGGCACUGGUCACACAAUAUACCUGGGUCCUUAGCCAACUAGACUGAAAGCCAACCCGUGAUCUUGCAAAAUGUCCCAAGUAGCAUCAGACUAAAUUAGCAACAGAUGUGGCCAACACUGGUUGUGAAGACACAUACAGUGAAAGGGAUGAUUAGUGCAGACAUUGUCACCACUGUUUUAGUCAAGUUAUUGACCGAAAUAAGUACUGACAUUGAUUCACAAUUGAUGUAAUCUGUGAUCUUUGCAGUGGAGGUGGAUAACAGAUUUGUCCAGAUGAGAUUGAUGAUAAAAGUCAAGGUAUUGUUGAAAUAAUGUUUCAAUAUUUAGGCUGUACAGACAAUGUUUAUCAACUCAUUAUGUAUAGACCAAAUCAUCUGUUUUGAACAGGGAGGCAAUCGGUUCUGUUAAAAACAGGACAUGAUGUGACAACCCAAGGUAUCGAUUUUCAUUUCUGAAAACCAAGAUAUCAUUACGUUCAAAUACAGAGAUUUUUGUAGUUCUUUCUUCUCUGAUCUAUAAUUGGAAGGUGUAAUAAAGGUGCACAAACUAUAUUUGCUCAUUUUGUAAGAGACACAUCUGAAGACAUAGUCACAACUUCUUACUUGGUCUUUAUCCAGUAUCGGCUGUGAAAGUGCAUGUCGGUAUACAUGUUCUCAUUACUGAUGCAACUGGACCAUCUAAUGUGGCAUUUUAAAAUAGCAUACAUUGUGUGGACCCACUUAAUGUUUCAAUUGUUACAUAUAUCAAUUAUGAUCGGUUUCGUAUCAUUUCAGUAAAUUUAAAGCCGAGAGCUCUACAUCAUAUUUGAUGCAUCACUAUUGGUAAGAGUACAUUUAUAAAACGAUAGAAUAGCUGUUUAAGACUUGAUCUCAUUAUACCUCAGAGGCCAUAUUUGUUGAUGCAUCUUGACCACCAAGGUUUUUGCAUCUCUCAUCUAUUCGAUUAUUUAACUGGACAUUGAAAAUGAGUAUAAAACUAUGGGAGUCAUGAUGUAUUUGACGGUGGUGCAUCAAGUACAAUGCAGAAUUUCCAUGGCUUAUUUUCAGUUUUUGAGUGUUUUUAAUUGUAAUGUCAUAUUGUUGUUGUAUAUUUUAUAGUGUUGAUGAUCACAACUAUAUGCAAUAGUUUGUGUUUGUUGGCCCAAACAUCAUCUGGCUGUGAUAUGUAUAUACUGUAUUAUACUAAAUAUAUUUAGGGCCUAGAUGUAGGCAUAGUGUUCUUAAAUGGUAAAUUACGAAGACAUUCGUACAAUUUUAUUGUAUAGCAUUGUGGUGUCUCUCGUUGCAAUGUGUCAAAUAUACAUUUAAGCAAGAUGACAUGGUCAUAGAUUCAGACUGAUACAAAGCUGAUAUUCCCAAAGUAUUUACCAAGUAUAUUAUGACUAUGUCAGUACUUCAUGAUAAAGAGUACACUGUCAACUGUGUUGCAUUUUCUCAUAAUCCGUCAAAACUGCUGAUUGUGAUAAUGUAGGAUGCUUUAAAUGUACAUGUUUUAAGUUAACAAAGUAUUUGAAUAAAGUGUAAAAUUACAUUUAGGGUGUGGCAUGCCUUUAUACAUGUUAUACAACUAUUAGGGAAAUGAAUAGGGGUGUCCAUCUACAGUAGAUACAGGGGGGUACUGCUUAACCACUAGGAGUCUCAUAAUCAACUUGGUUGUAACUGAAGUUGCUUAGGUGUUGUGAUAUGCCAGACCCAAUGUGCCUGUAUCCAUAAAACUCCUUCCUUCCAUGUCAUAAAAGCUACAAGUAUUUUGAAGAAUAACUGUUGUGAGACCACAAGGUCAUCACUACAUGUUGGAGUCCAAUAAAUAUGGU